AUGGAAGAGCAGGACCCGGAAGUACCUGGACCUGGCAAGAGAGCAAGAAAAGGCCCCCAUCCCAUCCAAACUGGGAGUGAUGUUGAUUUCUGGGAGAGAACAGUGCCAGAGAUCAGAGAUCAGGAGCCCCUGAAUUCAGAAGUACUUCAUCAACGCUUCCGACAGUUCAGCUACUAUGAGGCUGAUGGGCCCCGGGAGGUUUGUAGCCAGCUCCAUGGGCUUUGCAACCUCUGGCUGAAGCCGGAAAGACACACCAAGAAGCAGAUCCUGGACCUGGUGAUCCUGGAGCAGUUCCUGUCCAUCCUGCCCCAGGAAAUGCAGCAUUGGAUCAGAGGAUGCGGGCCAGAGACCAGUUCCCAAGCGGUGGCCCUGGCCGAAGGUUUCCUCCUGAGUCAGGCAGAGGAGAAGAGGCAGGCAGAACAGAGGUGGGGUCCAUCCAUGAAGACGGAAGCGAAGUUCUCUGAAACCAAAAGAGCUCCGUCGGAGGAAGGGCAGUGGGCCUGGGCCCAGGAGCAUGCCCAAGAUGACCUCUCACACGGAGACUUUAAGAAGAUAACAUACAUUCCAACUGGAGGUGUUGGCAGUGAAAAGUCAGUGUUGAUCCAUUCUCUUUGCGGUGGUAUGGAAAUAGCUGCUGCACCUCCUAUCCAGCUCCUUCCAGGGCUGAGCUCAGCUGUGGCUCUCAAGAAGCUUCUUCAGUGGCUGAAGCCAGAAAGGCACGGGAAGAAGGGGAUGCCGGACCUGGUGGUCCUGGAAGAAGUCCUGGCCAUCUGGCCCCUGGAGGCGCAGAUCUGGGUCAUGGAAUGCGGGCCAGAGACCAGUUAUCAGGCGGUGGCCCUGCCAGAAGGCUUCCUCCUGAGCCAGGAAGAGGAAGAGAAUCAGGACCAGCAGAUGCUGAAGGCCCAAAUGAUUCCCACUGAGAAGGACCCCAGCUCUGACCAGGAUGACCCAGGCGAGCCCAAUCUAGCCCUGCUUACUUCACAUCAACGAGUCCACACAGGAGAGAAACCAUAUAAAUGCUUGGAGUGUGGAAAGGCCUUUUCUUGGAGAACAGAGAUCCAUCGACGUAUCCACACUGGGGAGAAACCAUAUAAAUGCUUAGAGUGUGGAAAGUGCUUUUCUUCGAGUUCACCCCUUAUUAAACAUCAACGUAUCCAUACUGGGGAAAAACCAUACAAAUGCUUGCAUUGUGGAAAAAGCUUUGCUUCGAGUUCACCCCUUACUAGCCAUCAACGUAUUCAUACAGGGGAGAAACCAUAUAAAUGCUUAGAUUGUGGAAAGACCUUUGCUCGGGGUGACAAGCUAAAAGUCCACCAACGAAUCCACAUGAAGGGGCAUGGGGAAGCCACAUAA